UACUUUUUUUUUUUUUUUGUAUAUAUAUCUGAAGUUUCCUAGUUUUCUCUCUCCCUCUUUGUAAUUUCUCUCUAUAAGUUUUCAUUGCUGUUAGUUUCUGAAGUUGGUUUAUUUUUUAUGAUAAGGGGAUUGAAUAAGAUUAAUUGCAAACUUGUUGGGAUUUCAACAACCGUUUGAUUUAGUCAGUGGGUCCAAAAACCAGAAAGUAUUCUUUGACAACUCUAUAAAAUUAAUCAGUUUGCUGUGGAGUAGUAUUUGUGCAGAAAGUUCAGAUGGAAGGAAAACUGGUUCUGAAGUAUGACCACUUACUUUUCCUAUCCGAGAAUACCAAGUCUUUUUUUUUUUUCUUCUCCUAUCAAAGAAUACCAAGUCAAAAUUUGAAUUUUUGCAUAUCUUUUUACACAAACAACAAGUCUCUGUCUCUCAUUUUGAGAAGACAAACAUUAUGCGUUUGAGCAAAUGCAUAAAUGUGUAAUGUGUAAUUAGUAUGUCUAUGUGUAGUUGCAAGUAAUUCUCAACUUAUUCAAUAAGACCUUGCACAAUCAUGGUAAAGCCUAAGAUGCCUUUUGAACUUGCUACCAUUAGUACUUCUUCAAAACCAACCUUUUUCUUCUCUAUUCUGAUCUCCUUCCUUCUCCUUUUCUCUUAUGGAUCCAUCACUACAGCCGAUAACAAAUCCACAAGCAUCGGUGCAAUCAUCGAUGUCAAUUCCCAUAGUGGCAAAGAACAAAAAACUGCCAUGCAAAUAGCAGUCCAGGAAUUCAACAACAACUCAAUAGAUCACAAGCUAUCCCUCCAUUUCUCGAAUUUCUCAAACCCCGGCAGAGACCCCCUCAAAGCAGUUUAUGCUGCUGAUGAAUUGAUUAAAGAUGAUCAAGUUCAAGUUAUUAUAGGCAUGGACACAUGGAAUGAAGCAGCUUUAGUUGCACAAGUUGGAAACAGAGCUCAAGUACCCAUUCUUUCAUUUGCAGCUUCUGCUAGUCCACCACAUUUAACGCAAUUUCGAUGGCCUUUCUUGGUACAAAUGGCUACCAACAGCUCCGAAGAAGUGAGUUGCAUUGCAGCUAUUCUUCACUCCUACAACUGGAGAUUGGUGAUAACAAUUUAUGAAGACAAUAUGUAUGGUGGUAAUUCCGAGAUGUUUGCUAUUUUAUCCGACGCUCUUAAAAACGUUUAUGUGGAGAUUGAGCAUCGUUUGGUUCUUCCAUCAUUCUCUUCUCUUUCUGAUCCAGAAAGGUUCGUCCACAAAGAGGUUGAAAAGUUAUUGUCCAAACAAUCAAGGGUGUUCAUAGUUCUUCAAUCAUCUGUAUCAAUGGCUACCCAUUUGUUCAAAGAAGCAAAGCAGCUAGGACUAAUGGGGCCAGAUUCAGUGUGGAUAAUUACAGACUCUGUUUCAAGUCUCUUGGAGUCUGUUAACAAUUCUGUUAUCUCCUCUAUGCAAGGUGCUAUAGGAAUCAAGACCUAUUAUUCUGAAGAUAGCAAGACUUACCUAGACUUUAAAGGCCAAUUUCGGAGAAGUUUCCUAUCAGAUUAUCCAGAGGAGGAUGAUUCCAUGCCGGGAAUUCAUGCUCUACGGGCAUAUGAUGGUAUUACUAGCGUUGGGCUGGCUGUGAAGAGAAUUGGUAAUGGGCCUAGUAUUUCAAAAAUGCUGCUUGACAAUAUAUUAUCCAGCAAUUUCACUGGUUUAAGUGGUGAUAUACGUUUUCAUGAUGGGAGGCUAUCGCAUGCUAUUGGAAUAAGAAUCAUAAAUGUCAUUGGAAGAAAGUAUAAGGAUAUUGGCUUUUGGUCAUCUAAGUUUGGGUUCUCAGAGAGCCUUUCUACUGGUAAAUGUGGUGAUAGCAUGGAAGCUUUGGGCGAUGUAGUGAAUUCACUGAAUUGGCCUGGAAACCUAAAGCGGGUCCCGAAAGGAUGGGCAAUGCCUACUGAUGCAAAGAAAAUGAAGAUUGGAGUUCCAGCUAGGACCUCUUUUGAGAAAUUUGUAAAGGUGAAAGGCACUGGAAAUUCAAAUAAGGACUAUUCUGGUUUCUGCAUUGAUGUAUUUGAUGAGGUGUUAAAGAUUUUGGAGCAAAGUUAUUCCCUACCUUAUGAAUUUGUGCCCUAUAAUAUCACCUAUGACGAUUUGGUUGUUCAUGUCAUCAACAAGACUUUUGAUGCUAUUAUUGGUGAUGUAACAAUACUAGCCAACCGAUCAAAAAAGGUGGAAUUCACUCAACCAUUCACUGAGUCGGGCUUGUCAAUGGUAGUUCCAGUGAAGUCCGGAGUUCAAAAGGUGUGGCUGUUCACAAAACCAUUCACCGCAGAAAUGUGGAUGGUGACUGGUGCCAUUUUGUUAUACACGAUGGCCAUAGUUUGGUUCUUGGAGCAUCAAUCCAAUCCUGAGUUUAGAGGCCCAUGGAAGGACCAGCUUGGAAUGGCAAUGUGGUUCACAUUCUCCUCGCUUUUCUUUACUCACAGGGAGAAAGUUCACAGCAACUUCACUCGCUUGGUAGUUGUAGUGUGGCUUUUUGUUGUGGUGGUCAUAAGCUCGAGCUACACUGCCAGCCUCACUUCAUUGCUCACUGUCUCCCGGCUUGAGCCCAGUAUUACAGAUAUAGAGUGGCUAAAGAGGACUAAUGCCACAGUCGGCUGCGAUGGUGAUUCAUUUGUAACGGAUUACUUGAAGAAUGUACUUCACUUAGAAAAAAUAAAACACGUUAGCAAGGAAUAUGACUACCCAGGCGAGUUCAAGAGCGGGAAUAUCACAGCGGCAUUUCUUGAAAUCCCUUAUGCCAAAGUUUUCCUCGAAGAAUACUGCAACAAAUACACAGUCACUGGACCUUACUACAGACUUGGAGGAUUAGGCUUUGUAUUCCAAAAGGGCUCUCCUAUAGCUACUGAUGUCUCCGAAGCCAUUCUAACCCUAUCAGAGAAUGGCAAGCUAACGAUUUUAGAAGAUGGUUGGUUCUCUUUAAAUUGUUCAAACACUCAAACUAAUCAAACUGAUAGCUUGAGCCUUCACGGUUUCUGGGGUAUGUACCUUAUCUCAGGUGGCACUUCAACACUCUGUUUUCUAUUUUUCCUCUUCCGCUUGGUAAAGAAUUAUCUACGCCGUGAAGGCAACACGAGUACACGAGCUCAUAAUGGUGUUUGGGGCAAGACAGUUGAAGUAGCGCGAUACUUUUAUAAUGGAGGGACUAGGAGUCCUGCAGGGAGAGCUCCAACCUUUGCUGGUGGACAACAAUUAGAUGAAUGGAACUCUUCAAGGUGGGAGUACGCGAGUCCUUCAGAUGCUACAGAGGAUUUUGAGUCAUCCACACCACCUGAUCAAAUUGGAAUUCCUAUAGCCACUGAUUCCCGUGCGACUUAGAACAAGAAUACAAGACAUAGAUCUAUAGAAGGAUCAAAUGUUUAUAUGCCAAUAUGUACAUGUUUACUGUAGUUCAUAUUUUUGCUUUUCUAUCACAGUCACUAAAACUAGUUUUAUUAGUUCCUAGUUUAGUAGUUGUAUUUUUGUUCUUGUUGUAUUGAAAUGAAAAAUAAAAUAAAAAAUAAAAAAUACUGUAUAGUGGAACAAAUUUUGCCACCACAUGGCAUUAGAGGACUUGAACUCUACAAAUAUAUAUACAUGUA